CUAAGCUACAGGAGAACUUUAAAAAUACACCAUAAACACGGGCUGACCCCUUCAGUCUUACUGGUACAGGCCAGAGUAAACACAAACCAAUUUUGUGGUUCUGAAAGAGCAUUUGAAUUGAAAGCCUGUGGCAGACAGAUGAGAUUUCGACUGCAUUUGACCGGUCCACCACCAUGGGGGUUUCGUAUCUGUGGAGGAAGGGAUUUCAAGAUGACCCUGACGGUCUCAAAGGUUCGUGAAGAUAGCCGAGCAGGUGAUGCUGGGCUGCAGGUGGGGGACGUCAUACUGGAGAUUAAUGGUCAGAAUACUGGAGCCAUGUUGAAUAUGGAGGCUAAGAACAAAAUUAAGACAUCUGAACAUCAGCUGUGGCUUCUCAUUGAAAGACCUGCAAAAAGAGACUUCAUACAGUACUGCAUUGAUCGAAGACUUCCUCUUAAUUCGGGGCCCUCAGUCCAGCCAAAACAAACCCUUGAGUCAGGACAGGGCCAGUCCAAGAGAGCCCCACAGGAGAGAAACUACGGUCCAAAGCAGCUGAAGCAACAUGAUAAGGAGUCCAGUGCAGGACAUAACUCUGCAUCUGAUUGUAUCCAAACAGUGUCAUAUGAAUCACAGACUACCAAGAAAAAGGUGAGUUUUAAUUAUCCAGUAUGGAGCUACGGACCAGUUGAUCCUGAAGAGCUGGCGAGGAUCAAGAGGAGACAAGCUCAACCUCAGCAGCCCAGACAGUCCAACACUUUCAGGAUACUACAGGAGGGACUAGAACGAACAUCACUGCCAUCUGGAGCGGUCCAGAGGAGUCCAAGGUUUCGCACUUGUGAGAGAUGUGGUUACAUCAUUGUAACUCAGGUGGUGAAGAUCAGAGAGCGACGCUACAGACACGUGGAGUGCUAUACCUGCAGGGACUGUGGCUUUAGUCUCGUGGAGCGAGGACAUUUCUGUGUGGAUGAGGAGCUGUACUGUGGGAAACACGCUCAGCAGAGAUGCCACACAGCCUUCACUCACCACUGACUCCCUAAAAACACUUGAAUACAAUGUUUUCAGCUGUUAUAUUUACUUAUUUAAUUUCAUUUCAGGUUAUGUUAUUUAUUUCUGGUAACAAAAAUGUUUGUUUAUAUGCUAAUAAUACUGGUUUCAGUUAGAAUAUUUCAUAGACCAUGCUCAUAAUUUUUUACGAUGCUGUUUCAAAAAUUUUUAUUAUAGUGGCAAACAUAUAAUCCACUUAAAAAUUCUGUCUUAUUUUAUUCUAUGCAACACAAAAGGAGAAAUGAUCUCUCUAAUUAAUGAAACUGUUUGGUUACCAAUAUUCUUUAAAAUAUCUUCUGCAGAAGAAAGUCAUACAGGUUAGGAAAGACUUGAGGGAGAGUGAAUGAUGACAGGAUUUGGAUAUUUAGCUGAAUUAUUUCAUUAUGGCACGUUCUUAGUCCUCUAGAGGGCACUAUUUUCUAUUCUAUUUCAGGAUUGUUUCACUAUUGCAUUACAAUAAUGAAAUACCUGCAGUGUGACUUUGAGCUGUGGCUGGACAAUGAACUUAUGCUUUCAAUAAAUGUCUGGCAUCUUUGUGAAAGAGGUCACAACAUAAGAAUGCAUGAUAAUAGGUAAAAAAGAGUGUGGCAUUACACGAAUAGCAAUUCACCUCAGUAUCCUGCAGUCUGACCUUAUUGUGUUAUGUAAAGGAAUACAGUAAAGAGAGUUGUUCGAGGGAUGUCCUCUGUUGACUUCCACUCCCCAUGCAGAACUAUGAAGGCCCUGAAUGACGGGUUUCAGGAACAAUACAAGCAUGAAAGAACAUGUUUGUUCACGUCACGUUUAUUAUUAAAACCCUACGUGACAAUGGAGAUUCAUUAGUAAUGAAUGAUGGUGACUUUUUUUUUUACCUGUUGAAAAACAACAGAUGAAUGUACAAUUAUGAAUUAUGAAACAAGCUAAAUGUAUAUAUAGCACAUUUUACAAUACAGAUUCAAAGCAGCUUCAUAGUAAUAAACAGAGAAAUAAGAGUGUUAAUGUUACAAAAUUCAUAAAUGACUUCAAUUUUAGCUGUAAAUGUUUAUUUCAGGGAGUAAUGUUUUAUUUGCAGAUAUAUUACAGUCUUUCUAUUUGGUUAAAACUCAUGUGCAAUAAAAUAACAACUGUGUGUUCCCUUUUUUUGUAAAUAAUGAGAAGUUGUCACUGCCAGCAUGACAGUUCAGUUUUGUAGAUUUGUGUCAGAGCUCUACAGUUCUCUAAUGUCUCAAUUUAGUCAUGGGACAUUUUAAUUAUAUAAAUAUAUGUAUUAAAGCAUUUGUUAUGCAAUGAUUGUUUCCA